AGCCCAGGGCAGAGCUGAAGAGCCACCAUGGCCCCCACAGUCACUAUCUUGUUCUCCAUUGGGCUGUAUUGGACCUGGGCAAUUAAGGCACAGAUGGCCACCCUCCCCAGGCCCACCCUCUGGGCUGUCCCCAGUCCUGUGGUUCACCAGGGAGCAGAUGUGACCCUCAGGUGCCAGGGCCACCUGGGGAGUGACAGGUUCCAGCUGUGGAAGGAUGGAGAGCUCAGAGAAGAGAGAAAUGCAUCCUGGGAACUGGCAGAGUUUGUGCUCAGGAAGGUGGAUGGUAAAAGAGAUGCGAGAAACUACAGUUGCCGCUCUGGGCAGGGGCCCUGGUGGUCAGAGCUCAGUGAACCCCUGGUCUUGGUGGUGAUGACAGAUGUCUUCCCCAAACCUAUGAUUUCACAUUCAUCUUAUUACUCAAUAAUGCUAGGGGACAAAGUGACCAUCAGGUGCCAACUGUCACAACAGGCCCCCUCUCAGGACUACACCUUUGCCCUCCUGGGUGCAGAGAGCCUGGAGCCUUUGCAGCUGCAGAGCCCUGCAAGGACCUGGGCUGAUUUCUCACUUCCAUCUGUGAGGGCCGAGGACUCUGGGAGCUACAGCUGUAUUUACUACAGGAAGAUGGCCCCCCACAAUGGGUCACAUCCCAGCAAGAGCUUGGAGCUGACUGUGCAUGGACAACUCCCCAAGCCCACUCUGCUGGCCCAGCCUGGCCAAGUGGUGGUCUCGGGGGCCAACCUCACUCUCUGGUGCUCACGGCCCAAGCUGCCUUCCCUUGAAGAGGUGACUUUCAGUCUGUCCAAGGCUGGCACCCAGGAGCCCUUACAGCAUCAGAGCUCAGCAGAGCCCUGGGCUCGCUUCUUCCUCCCUUCUGUGAGACCCCAGGACACUGGGAGCUACAGCUGCACUUACAGGGAUGGGAGAGCCCCUGCCAGAGGAUCAGAGCUCAGUGAGGCCCUGGAGCUGGUGGUGCCAGGAUCUCUCCCCAAGCCUUCCCUCUCAGCCCUCCCAGGCCUUGUGGUGGAUCCCGGGACACAUGUGACUCUCCAGUGCCGGAAGCCUCCUCAGUCACCCUUCUGGAGGGUGAACUUCACCCUGCUGAAGAUGGGGUCCCCCCAGCCCUCGCAGAGCCUGAGCCCAUCUGGAACCUCAGCUGACUUUCACCUCCUCUCUGUGAGGGCCCAGGAUGCUGGAAACUACAGCUGUGUCUACUAUGGGAGGAUGGCUCCCCGCCAGGUGUCUGAGCCCAGUGAGGUCCUGGAGAUCUGGGUGACAGGUGCACUUCCCAAGCCUUCUCUCUCUGCCUGGCCUGGCCCAGAGGUGGCUUCAGGAGCCAACAUGACCCUUUUGUGCUGGGGACCAUCCUGGGCUUCUAAGUUUACACUGUACAAGGAGGGAGGUGAACAAUUCCUACCAAGCACUGACAUCACUCAAGAUGGGGCCCAGUUCUUCUUGACUGCUGUGACCCCCCCACACUCUGGCAAUUAUAGCUGCAGCUACCAAUUCAACAAGAAUGGAAGUCUCUGGACACAAGUCAGUGACCCCCUGCAGCUUACAGUGAGAGCUUCACAACCCAGUUACACCCUCAUCGUCACCCUCACUUGUGUUGCCUUCCUCUUCCUCCUCCUCUGCCUCCUCCUGAUGGACUUCUUCUGCCAUGGAUCCAUCCCUUUGGGGACCAUGCAGGGAGACAUCUCUAGGAGAUAAAACUCAGUUCCUCUGCCCAUUGUCCCCUGCUCCUUCCUUUCCAUAUGACCCCAUUCCCUCUGCACUGGACACAGUACCUGGUGAGGUGAGGAUGCCCACAGA